AUGGGCCCUGAGGCGAGGCAUAGUGCGCAUGUGGUACAUUCGCAGUUUAAAAGUGCGGCAGCGCGAAACAAGACACGCACAUGCAACACACACUCCUACAACCACCACACGCAUGAGUAUAAGAAACUGGUGAUUAAGCUGGUGCAGAGUAUUAUGGCGGGUGUGCGUAAUAAGACUAGCACGUGUCAUCAGAUGAUCAUGGGUGCGGGUAAGACAACUAUCAUCUCGCCUCUACUGUGCCUCAUGCUGGCAGAUGGAAAGCACCUGGUCACGCAGGCGUCUGCUGGACAAGCCUACGGCAAUGCUUCGCAAGUGAGUAUUGUGCGUAAUGCACAGGAGGCUGCUUGUGAUGUGGACGCUGUAGCGUACAUUGUUGAAAUGGUCAUCAAUCUGCGCGGUGAGCUCUUCCGACCGCUACCAGAUGUGUACUUUGCCAUGCAAGAGAUGGACUCACAUACAAACGCGCUAAAGCUAAGCUAUGCAACCGCCGGGUCUAAGAGCGAGAAGACACUCGCAGCGUACAAGAAUGCGACAUGUG